UGAUAGUAGAAAAAAACUUUGUGCGAUCGGAACAUGCAGUGUUGGUGAUGAAGAAAAACCUAAAUACAAUAAACUUAUAUUAUCAGAUAUUGCAAUUCGUUUAGUUUUUAUAUCAGUUCAUACUGGACAAAUUAGAAAUUUACUUAGAAUCGCACUAUUAGAAGGAAUCAGUAAAACAGCUUUUGGUGAUCUUACUGGUCAACAAUGGGUAGAUCAUUAUAAAAUUUCUAUUGCUUGGGGUGCUAUCUUACUGACUCUUUUGCUUUCAACAAUGAGAUUAAAUUUUUAUCUUGUUAGAAUUUCAAUAUACUAUAGAGAAAUUUCUUGUGAUAAUACAGGAUGUUUAUUAAAAAAUUGGAAUUUUUAUAUGUGUUAUCAAUUUGAUAAAAAUGAACAAAAAGUUUGUAUGCUUCUUGAAGAAGAUGAAAUAGAUCAAAAUAUAUUUGAUAUAUCAAAUUUUGCAUUAAUUAUAGUGAUUAAUUAUAUGCAAAGAUUUUUCAAAACUAGAAGAAAAUGUACCAAAAUACUACUACCAGAUCCACAAAAUCAACAACAACAAGAUUCUAGAUAUCUUACAGAUGCGCUAAGUUAUUAUUUAGAAGAAAAAUUUUCACUUCCAGCAGAACAAAGUGGUUUACCACAAUUACAACAAGAUCAAAAUGAAACCCAAAGACCUGAUACAAUAAAAUUGAUUGAUAAUGGAAAUUUAGAUCAAAGAAUAAAUAAUUUAAAAUUAUUGCCAAAUUUAAUUAAUGAUUUACAAAAAUUAAGAAUAUCAAGAUUAGAUAAAUUACAUCUUGAACAAUAUGAUUAUUAUACUGAUUUAAAAGAUAAAACAGAAGAAAUUUCAAUGUUGAAUAAUUUAUUCAAUAUUAUUAACAAUAAUAAAGUUUUAACAGCCAUACAAAUAUCAACUUUAUUAAAAA